AUGGUGCAGCAGCCGGCGGAGGGCGCGGGCGCCGAGGCCCGCCUGCCCCGCGAGGCGCCGGACACGGAGGAGGGCGAGUUCGCGGCCGGCAGCCCCGCGGGCCUGGACGAGGGCGACCCGGACUGGUGCCGCACGGCGUCCGGCCACAUCAAGCGGCCGAUGAACGCCUUCAUGGUGUGGUCCAAGAUCGAGCGGCGCAAGAUCAUGGAGCAGGCGCCCGACAUGCACAACGCCGAGAUCUCCAAGCGCCUGGGCAAGCGCUGGAAGCUGCUCCCGGACGGCGACAAGGUGCCGUUCAUCCGCGAGGCCGAGCGGCUGCGCCUCAAGCACAUGGCCGACUACCCCGACUACAAGUACCGGCCGCGCAAGAAGCCCAAGGCGGACCCGGCGCGGCCCGGCCCGAGCCCCGACAAGAGCGCGGCGGCGGGCGGCGCCCGGGCGGCCCGGGGCCCCGGCGGCAGGAAGGGCAGCGCCAGGCCCAGGCCGCCCGCGGGCCCCGGCGCCAGGGCGGGCGCGGGCCGGGCGGCGCCGGGCGCGGACCCGGGCGCGGGGGGCGCGGCCAGGGCGCUCCGGGGCGCGUUCCCGGACGACGACGACGACGACGACGAGGACGCCGACGAGCUGCCGCCGCCGCUGCGCCUCCAGCGGGAGCCGGACGAGGACGAGGACCCGCCGCCGCCGCUGCCGCCGCCGGGCCGGGCGCCCCCGCCGCACGCGCACCCGCACCCGCACCCGCAGGCGCGGAGCCGCUCCAGCGCCGCCAAGGUGCCCGCCAGCCCCACGCUGGGCGCGGCCGAGCCCCCCGAGGGCGCCAGCCUGUACGAGGAGGUGCGCGCGGGCGCGGGCGGCCGUCGCUACUACAGCUUCAAGGACAUCACCAAGCAGCACCCGCCCGCGCGCCCCGUCUCCCUCGCCGCCUCCGGGGGCGGCGACGACGCGGACGACCUCCUGUUCGACCUGAGCCUGAACCUGGCGGCGGGCGCGGCGGGCGCGGGCGGCGAGCAGCCGGGCGGCGCGGCGGGCGGCCUGGCCCUGUCCCUGGUGGACAAGGACCUGGACUCGCUCAGCGAGGGCAGCCUGGGCUCGCACUUCGACUUCCCCGACUACUGCACGCCCGAGCUCAGCGAGAUGAUCGCGGGCGACUGGCUGGAGGCCAACUUCUCCGACCUGGUCUUCACCUACUGA